AUGGCUGAGAAGUGUGAAUCAGAGAAAGCAUCAAUCUCUUCACCGAACCUGAUAUGUCCAUUAUGCCUUGACAUAUUUGUCGAGGCGACAAUCCUGACUUCAUGUGGACACACAUUUUGUCGGCGAUGUCUCAAGAAAUACGAUCUAACCCACCAGGACCUUGAUCACAUGAUCUGUCCUCUCUGCAGGGAGAUCACCAAGUUGUCUGACAACCGUGUCGAUGAUCUACGCCUCAAUGUCUCCAUCAACGGAUGCGUAGACGAUUACCACGCCAAGUGUGGAGGGAUGAAUGCUGUUCUUGAGAUGUGCCAGAAAUGCACCGCUUGCAAGUCUAAAAAAGACGCCGUGUCAUUCUGCAGAACAUGUACAUUUUAUAUGUGUGAUAAGUGCCUGCAUUCUCAUCAACAGCUUGUAGUGAUCUUUGGAGAUCAUGAGAUGGUAUCCAUUGAUGAUGUCAUCGAAGGGAAGGUUAGCAUUGGUCAUUUAUUCGAGAAGUGCUCCAUCCACAAACCAGAGAACAAGGAUAUGUUUUGUGAGGAUUGUAAGGUCCACGUCUGUCACAAGUGCGUACUUGUUGGUCAUAAAGCUCAUGAAAUCAAGAACCAGGUUGACUUUGAACAAGAGUUGCGACGGAAGGUGGAAGACCUUGCCCAACGCUGUGCUGACAAGAAAACAGAGCUGGAAAAGAACAUUCAAAACAUAGAAAUACAACGUCAUGAGGUACACACUGCAGUGCAGACACUACUAGAUGAUGUCAGACAAUCCUACACCAUCAAGGCCAAGGAGCUUGAAGAAAAUCUUCGAAAUCUCACCGACCAAAUAAAUGCCUUAAAGCAUAGUUUUGAUGACGACCUCAACGUCUUGAAGUCAAAAGAUCGUCAGAGGAUCAAGAGUAUUUGUAGUUCAAUUACUUUGGUAGAUAAUGACAGACUGGGUCAUCUUGAGACAGACACUCUAUCUGCUCACAUCUUGCUCUGUGAGGAACUAGAUACAAUGCUAAAGGAGGUUACCGAUCACACUUCUGCGUCAGCAAUUACGAAGAAAGCGAAGGGGAGGAGAUUCAAGCCAGCAGAUGAUACUCGUCUUGACCUCGGGAGCAUCGCAGGAUCAGAUCCCAAGGUAGAAGUCAUUCAGUGUGUUGAUCUACGGUCAGAUAUGCACGGAAUGACACGGUACUCACAUAACAGUGUGGGUAUCGUAUAUGGGUUGUGUGCACAAGGUAUUGAUAUCAUUGGUUCAAAUGGUGGUAAGCAGCAGUGUAGUAACAUACCCAAUGACGGGAGAUAUAAUGAUCUUGUCUAUCAACAAGACGGAUCUUUAUGCGCAUCGCUGUGCGAUACUAAUGAAGCCUACAUUUACUCCACCCUUGGCUCCAGGAAGGCAACAAUCCGCGUGAGAGACGGUACUAAUGAUCUCAAUGUUAACAGAAGUCAAUCAGAUGAAAUCAUCAUUACUUGCGAUGACGCCCAAGUAUAUAUCUAUGACCCGACAGGAUCUACCCUUAAACACACUUUUCAAACAAAGCACAUGACAUAUCAGGCAUCAACCACCAGGACGGGUUUGAUCGUCACGAGUUCCUGUUCUGCCAAUCCAAGCGUGGUGACGGUCUAUGACAGGGAUGGGAAUGCUGGUGAGUCUCUACAAGCUCCAGAGGAUGUCUGCCUGUAUGCUACCGUGGAUGAGCAGGACAGGGUGUAUGUAGCGAGUGUUGAUGUGGAUAAUAGUAGCGUCGUGAUCAGGCUCUAUGAUCUUGAUGGUCUGAACCUGAAGGAAAGAGUUGAGUUCCAAGCACUUAACAUGACAUUGGAGAGUUAUUGGUGUUACUUGGUUUCCCUCUCCCCAGGCAUGCUCGUCUUUGCUUGUAAUGCUAAGUUAUAUUUCAUCAAGGUAUCACUGACGGGUUUGAUCGUCACGAGUUCAUGUUCUGCCAAUCCAAGGGUGGUGACGGUCUAUGACAGGGAUGGGAAUGCUGGUGAGUUUCUACAAGCUCCAGAGGAUGUCUACCUGUAUGCUACCGUGGAUGAGUAG